AUGUGGCUCGAUAUGCUCAUGGUGGAUGCGACCAUUAUACAAGCCACUGUCAGAGCUAACCGGCUUCCAACAUUCCGGCCAAGGCUCACUGCCGGUUCCAUGUACUCCAUCUCCAGUUUUGAUGUGGCUCGCUGUGCUCAAAACUUUAGGCUCCCGGACUCUUCAUCACUAAUCCGGUUCAGUGACUCAACCGUGUUCAAUAAGAUAACUGAACCUGACUCUCCCCUCCCUUUAGAAGGGUUCCGUUAUGGUAAUGAAACCGAGCUCCUGGGAUUAGCUAACACUAACACUCAGCUCUUCGACGAGGAAUCUGUGAAACAGUUAUCUGAUGCUGAUCUUUUGAAAAGGCAUGUUGACCGUGCUAAGAAAGUCCGCGCUCAAUUAAGAGAAGAAUGGUUGAAGAGGAUUGCUAGGUACAAGGCAAGAUUAGCUCUUCUUCUGCCACCAUUUGGAGAGUAA